UCCAAAUUUUUAUUAAUUGGUAUUUCAAAUUCUUUAGAUAUGAUUGAUAGGUUAUUACCAAGAUUGAAAAUUAAUGGAUUAAAUCCAAAUACUUUAUCAUUUAUGCCAUAUACUGCAGAACAAAUCAAAUCAAUAAUUAUAACAAAAUUGAAACUUUUAAAUGUCAAAGACCCAAAUUCAACAAAUAUUCCAAUAAUGCAUCCUGCAGCUAUACAACUUUGUGCCAAAAAAUCUUCAAAUAAUACAGGUGAUUUAAGAAAGGCAUUUGAUAUAUGUCGAAAUUCAAUUGAAAUGGUUGAAAGAGAGAUUCGAGGCUUAAAUUCUCAAGGUUUUAUUAAUAAAGAUAUUGAUGGAUUAAUUGAAUUUGAUGAAGAUUCUGCACCAAAAGUUAAAAUCAACCAUAUUGCCAAAAUUUGUGCAAGUGUUUUUGAUAAUCAUCAAUCAACAAGAUUGAAAAAUUUAAAUCUUCAACAAAAAUUUAUAAUUUGUAUGUUGAUUAAAAAAGAAUCUGAAAUUAUUAAUGAACCAAUUACAAUUAAUUCAUUAUAUGAAUAUUAUGUUAAAAAAAUUGAAAUUGAUAGAUUGAUUGGAGUUUUGAAAAAGGGUGAAUUCUUAGAAAUAAUAAGUGCUUUAGAAAGUAUUGGAAUAUUGAAAGUUUCUAAAGCAAAUAAACAAUAUAAUCAAAUUAGAAUAACUUCAUCAAUUUCACAAAAAGAUUUGAAAUUAAUUGUUGAUGGAGUCACUGUUUUAGAAAAAUUAAUGGGUAUUAAUGGUCAGGAGAUAAAUUAA